AUGCCGCUCCCACUGCCAACGAGCACCUCCCCCAAUACACAGCGCACACAGCGCACACACCGCCAGUUCUCCCACGCUGCCGCUCCCACUGCCACCGAGCACCUCCCCCACAUUGUCCCCGAUCUCCUCCCCUAUAUCCUCGCCGUGGUGCUGGGGAGCGUGGGAGGUGCGAGCGGCAGCAGCAAUGACGAUGACGACAGCGGCAGCGAUAGCAUUCUCAACAGCGACAAGAGCCCCCUCGAGCUGUACGACACAGCCGACGCGGGCGUAGCGGUACGCGCGCGGCGGGAUAUACGCCGUGGCGAGCUGCUUAUAGCUGAAUUACCCCUGUUGGUGUGGGAGGAAGGUAUGAGUGCGGUUGAGCUGCGUCGCUGGACGGAUGCCCUCACAGACAGUGCCCGCGCCACUCUAUUCAGUUUGAGCAGACGCAGCGAUGACACAGCAAUAGCCGCUGAGAUGCACGAUAACACGGACGAAUCCGCACCUAUACGCUCAGCUAAUGGUUUUCAAUUGCAGCUCCCCGAUGUCGCAUUGCAGGUGAGCAGCAGGGAAGGGAGUGGGAUUGUGAGUGAUGGCGAUAGAAACAGAAACAACAAGAAGAAUCCCAAUCCCACUCCCACUCCCCCCACCCACGCCUCCUUCCUCUUCCCUCACAUCAGCCGCAUCAACCAUUCAUGCCUUCCUACUUGCGCACAAGCAAUGGACUGGUCAACGCUACGUAUGGAGGUGUACGCGAUGCGCGAUAUCCCGCGUGGGGGUGAGGUUACGAUAGAGUACUUGCCUGGGUUGGUAGCUAUGUCGAGUGAGCCGCGUAAACGGAAAUUAAAGGACACGUUCGGGUUUGAGUGCAAGUGUGGGCUCUGCUCCGCGUCCUUGCACACUCUCCAUCAGUCAGAUAGUCGCAGAGCGGAGCUGGCUGAUGCAUCACUGUCCCUCGCUGACCCACACACCCAACUCGAUAGACAGGGAAUGAUCGGACAGCUCGAACGUAUCCACUCCCUUCUCACUCUUGAAGGCUACACACUUGUUCCGGAAUUUACUCACAAUCACGUCUCUAGAGCUUACGCGGUUUUUAGACACUUGCGCAGUACACAUAUCGCUGAUGACUCUCAGUCUCAGUCUCAAUCAAAAGUAUAG